AGGAUGCAUGGCACCGAGUCACCGCUAUUCCGCCGCUGGUCCCAGUAGUUCUUGGGAAAUGGAGUCCGAGCUACCUUGAAACUUAACGGACCAGGUUAUCCUUGAGACUCCAUUCCCCAGCAAGCUCUGCGCGGAGCGUGCGCUAUGGAGCCUCAAGUCGCAGAACUGAAGCGGACUAUCGAGGACACGUUGUGUCCUUUUGGCUUCGAGGUUUACCCGUUUCAGGUGGCAUGGUAUAACGCACUCCUGCCUCCAACUUUCCACCUACCCCUGCCAGGACCGACCCUGGCCUUCUUGGUACUCAGCACACCUGCCAUGUUUGACCGGGCCCUCAAACCUUUCCUGCAGAGCUGCCGCCUCCAACACCUGAUUGACCCUGUGGACCAGUGUGUGGCCUACCACUUGGGCCGCGUUAGAGAGAACCUCCCAGAGUUGCAAAUCGAAGUCAUCGCUGACUACGAGGUACACCCCAAUCGGCGCCCCAAGAUUCUGGUCCAGACUGCAGCCCAUGUGGCAGGGGCUGCUUACUACUACCAACGAAAAGAUGUGGAGGCUGACCCCUGGGGGGACCAGCACAUAUCAGGUGUGUGCAUACACCCCCGAUAUGGGGGCUGGUUUGCCAUCAGAGGAGUGGUGCUGCUGCCAGGAAUAGAGGUGCCAGAUCUGACACCCACAAAACCCCUGGACUGUGUACCUAAGAGAGCUGACCGCAUCACCUUGCUUGAAGGGUUUAAUUUCCAUUGGCGUGACUGGACAUACCGGGAUGCUGUGACACCACAGGAGCGCUACUCAGAAGAGCAGAAGGCCUACUUUUCUACUCCACCUGCCCAACGUUUAGCCUUCUUGGGCUUGGCCCAGCCCUCAGAGGAUCCUAGCUCUACGUCUCCUGAGCUACCUUUUACAACACUCAGACCCAAAAAGCCCCAGAAUCCCAGCAGAGCCCAGGGCUGGCUCAGCCCCAGUGUCUCACCACCCGCAUCCCCUGGCCCCUGAUAUCCUCCCUCCCCUGGGAUCCCUAUUUAUAAGUGGUACUUGCUGGGACUCGUUUUGCUUUUCGGCAAGGCAAGAGCUUUUAUUUUGGAUAUAUUUAUUCUUGAUAAAAGAAUUCUAGUAGAGAUCUUCAAUGAAGAUAAGGCUCUUGUCAAAACACAGAGAUCCAGAAUUCCCACCUGGCUUGGAAUAUGGGAUUAUUCCUGUUAGCAUUUCUCUGCAGUGCUCUAAGAUGCUAAUUGUUACAAAGCCUUUCUAAAGGGAAAUCAUCCCCUAGUGGCAUCUGCCUCAUAGGCUUGUUGUGGGUAAUGAAUAAACACACAAAGCACUUCUGAAACAA